AUGGAUGUUUUGGGACCAGACGUCCAUGUGACAAACAUUGGAAACAUCCACUUUGUUCAAUUUGAUUCUGAAGGUGUAUUUGGUUGGAUUCUGAUGGACCGAAAUGUUGUUGAAAUGACCCUGACAGCGGAGCCAAUCGAAUUUAUUGACAGGCGAUCAAGGAAGAGGAGGAAUCUGGAAUCCAAGGCAGAACUUCUACACUCCGAUGUCCUCCCUCGUAUCCCCAACCCCAUAGCAUGCCUCUCCUCCAAUGACAUGCUCAUCUUCCAGCUCACCAUCAACUACAAUGACCGUCACCUCAGCCACUUCCCAGUGUAUCAGAAAGACCAUCUCUUCAAUAGCAACCCUAGCUGGGACUUUGGGGCCUUCCGGCGGCUAGAGCGACUCAUGAAGCAGACUCAGUUCAACUCGACCAGAUUUGCACACGUGUUCUCGGAGACGGGGAAGUAUGUGUUCCUGGACAACGCCAUUCCAGAGUGGAGUCUAGUGGUGGUGGUCAGUGAGAGAGGGACAGAGUGUGACCCCACUGCAGCCGUUUUCCAGCCCAUGACCCCUGCCCAACUGGUCAAGCACGGGGUCAUCAAACAACACCGGCUCAACCUGCUGCCUGACUGGGGCGCCAUCGUAGGUGUCCUGAGUCUCCUGCUUGUGCUGAUCCUGGUGCUCACCACCACAGCUCUGGUUCUGAAGCCCAGUCGGGCCAAGCUGGUGUGCCAGGGCAAACUGAGGCCUAAGUGGCGGAGCCUGGGAGAGCCCAUCCCUCCAGUGGAAUACGUCUACAGUGGAGAAAGCCUGAAUGGCCAGGGGGUGCUGGGCUGCAGGGGAGUCGGAGAGGGGGCUGAGGCUGAGGAGCCUGCAGUCUGCCGUGGAGGAGGAUACAUGACUGGGAAGUUUGAGCUGGAGGAAUUCAACGUGAAAACUCUCUACGACAAGCUGGAGGAUCAGAACCUGCAUUUGGCGUCCCAGCUGGCCAGGCACCGCAAGGACACCCAAGAGUUCUACCGAAAUAUCUGUCAACAAACAGAUGCGCUGAGGGAUGUUCUGGAGAACAUGGAACCCAAAAAGUUGGGUCUGUUGAAAGAGCUAUUGGAACGCGAUGCCUUGCAGAAUGAUCCAUACACCAAUACGGAUGCAGACGGGGACGGGCGUAUCCAAUCAACAAAAGAACCGUCAGUGGUGCUGAUGGGAGCUGUAGUCAGAGCAUUGGAGGCAGUCCUGUACAGACUUAGCGGAGAGAGCUGGCAGCAGCAGGACAUGACCGCAGCACACUGCCACACAGACACCAGGGAGUGUGAGCUGCACACAGGCUACACACAGUUUUCCUCAGCCAACAUGACCAAACCUGCAUCAGGCCAUGAGACAGGACCACCACCUCAUGAUCUAGUACACCUACAGAGCACAGCCCCCUGUCUGAGUGAACAGGACCUGUCCAAACUAGUGGCAAUGACCCCUCUGUCCAGGACCCUGCAGGAGAUACAGGAGUCCCUCCAGAACCUAUCUGGUGUAGACAGAGCCAGUACUGACAAGACCACAGAGGACCCAGCAGUGCACCUGAUUCCCGUUGCCCUGGACAACCUCUCCCCACAGCACUUUGCCAUCUUCCUGUUCGGCUGUCAUGUUGUGAAACUGCUUUGCAACACCCAAAUCUUUCCCCCUGUCAUGCUGCUUCUGUCCAAAACGGUUCCUGUCUCAGCCUACGAGGGCCUGGUGUCACACUGCAAUGGGGACUUUUAUUUUGACACCACCAACCAGAUUCUGUAUCUCUGUGAGGCAAAGCUUGAGAGUGUGGGACAGUUUAUUGCCACUCUCCUACAGUCUAUGGCCUAUAUUGCUUCAGGUUCCAAGCCUGAACGCUUCAUGCAAGUCCUCCAUCAUGCCAUCUCUGCUUUGAGCCUUCAGCUGUUCAACGCCUCUUUCAGAUAUGAUGCAAACAAGGCGGAGAGGGACACCUCACUGACCUCAGACCAGUCUCCUGGGAAGUUAGUAGAGGACUUUCUCAAUGUCCGUGUCCCCACUGAAAGCCAGUUCACGGAGCACCUCUUGUCAGACAGACUCCAACGAUAUAAGUAUUUCAAUGUGGAGCAAAUCGUGUGGGAUCUUAAGCAAUUUCCAGCAGAGGACACUGAAAAGGGUAACCUGUUUUGA